AUGAUAACAUUGAACGGGUCGUUUUUAAUUCGUUCUCAGCUUAGACGAGUAAUAGUAGCCACAGUUGCCGUUGGUGUGUUAGUAUAUUUGUGUGUAGUGUUGUCUAUUGAUAAAAGCGUAACGAAACCCAUGGCAGAAGUAAAUCGAGAUCGAUUGUUACAUUUACGUGAAGCAUGUGAGCGCACCAAUAACGGUGGAAAAUAUACAAUCGAACCAUCCUUCUACAUUCAUGUGAAAAACGAAAGCUUAUUAUACUGUUUGGUGUUCAAGUCAGGUACCACCACCUGGUUCUAUAACAUUAAUCGAUGGGCCGGGUUUAGUGAUGACAAAAUACUGGAUGAUCAAACAGACAACUUUAUGCUGGCUCGUGAAAAGUAUCCUUGGGAAAAACCACGCGUACUGCUAACGAGCAUGAAAAACACCUACUCCUUCAUCGUGGUACGCGAUCCCUUCGAGCGUUUGAUUAGUGCCUACGAGGAACGUUUACUUGGACAACUGCACCCGUACUUCAAGAAUCUAUCGCACCAAAUCUAUAAACGUUACCAUAAUGAUGGCAACGAGUAUGGUAUUCCAUCGUUUCAAGAUUUUGUCCGAUAUGUAGUGGACCAAGCCCGAAACAACCAACCAUCUGAUCUUCAUUGGCGACCGAUAAAUGAUUUGUGUACGCCGUGCUUAGCUCGAUACGACUCGAUCAUAAAGAUGGAGACAUUCGGGCAAGACUUAGCGUACCUGUCGAACCGCACACAGUUGCACGGGAAAAUUAAAUCGGUUCACAUGAACCAUUCGCGUCGCGAUCCAUUGAGUCGAUUGAUGGAAAAAUAUUUUUCACAACUUACUAAACAACAAUAUGACGAUCUUUACGAUAUUUAUCGAAUAGAUUUUGAGUUGUUCCAAUACUCACCAGAUAAGUAUCUUAAGUUUGUUAAGCAAACAUAA